UGUUUUUUUUUUUUUAUCAUUUCAGUAAGCGUUUUGAGACACUUGGAGGAGAAGAGAGUAACCCAUAAACUAGAGACAUGAGUUUGGUCGGCAGUUUGCAACUCAUCAUCCCGCCACGGCCGAGAAGCACCAAGUUCUUGUACUCACUGAAAAACCCAACACAAGGACAAGAAGACCUCUCUUCUUCUUCUCCUUCAAUCUCUCUCUUACCAAAACUAAUCUCGUUUGCUCUUGCUCUCUCUCUUACCUCCUCUUCCCCUGCCUUAGCCAUUCCUUCUCUCUCCUCUUCUCAGCCACUCACCACUCCUUUCACCCAAUCCAAGUUUGUGCAGACUGGUCUUCUCAAUGGCAAAAUUAGACCUUGCCCUUCCACGAACCCAGGCUGUGUAUCGACGAAUCCGACCUCAUCUUCCUUCUCAUUUCCAUUGACGAUCCCUGAAACCGAUACACAGGAUCCCAUUCAGAAACUGAAAGAGGCAAUAAUGAGCACCCAGAAGAACCCCAAGUUUGUGGUUCUUGAAGAUACUCCAUACGGGAGAUAUCUGGAGGCAGAGGUAGAAGGAGGAGGAUUUAGCAGAGAUGUGAUGGAGUUUUUGGUGAAGCAAGAUGUGGUUGCUUACAGGUGUAUGGCCACUAAGGUUACCUUUGUGUAUCCUUUCACCACUGCUUUUGGAGACUCCAAGGGACAAGAAGAGAGGAUGAAGAAGCUCAUCGACCAGCUUGGUUGGUAUGCUCCUACCUUUGAAUCCAUGGAGUAAAAAUAUAUAGGACAUUCUUGCAAGCUGCAAUGUUUUAUCCAUCAUGCACUGAGUUUGAGAAUCAAAGAAAUCUAUAAGCCUUUGCUCAAAUGAGGCGCUAGAUGAUGUGUGUUACAACUUCCAAAUGUUAUAUUAUAAGGGAGAGGAGGGAUAUUUCAGAAGAACUUGGAUAAGUAGUAAUCGUAACAAUUUCUUUAUAGUCA